UGUCACGGUCGUGUUCAGCCAGGUGGGAUGGACAUCUCCUGGUAGCAGGACAUUACGCAGAUUCUAGAUCGUUCUAUUCAUAUUCCAGCUUUCAUAUCAGCAAGCCGGAGCUCCUGAACGUUUGGAAAAUCCACAGGAAAACCACCGUUCGUCGCACUGCUUACCCGUUCGAGCUGCAUACAUUCUGAGUCUUGGCUCCCCUUAUCCGACUGGGUCUAUCUAUCAUUCAUCAUUGUCCCCGGCAUAGCACAAUUGCCAGCCGCCCCUGCACACUGCGCUUGUGCCAGAAUGGUCUUUUGUGGCAAGCCAAGCAAAGGCUGCGGGGAAUGCCGUUCUCGCAAGAUCCGGUGUGAUCAGGCGCGGCCAACUUGCUCCCAGUGCGCCAAGGGCCACCGGGUCUGCCCCGGAUACCGAGACGAACUGUCCUUAAUGUUCCGCGAUGAAAGCCAACAGGUCGUUCGGAAGGCCCGAACCGGGGCCACAGCGCGCAGGUCUAAGCCCACCACCAAGUCUGGCUCUAGCGGCCGGCCUGGGAGUAGCGGUAGCACGACUACUAGUAGCCCCAGUGCCGCAUCUGGCUCCAGUAACAUAGAGGUGGAGUUCAAUGAUGACAGCAGGGCAGAUCUACAGCGUCAGACUGUCGUUCGACACUCCCUCGACCUGCAACCUUCGUAUCAACCUACCGGGAAUGAAGCCAUCUGCUUCUUUCUGCAACAGGUCAAUUGGAUCGGGAGCAUCUGGAUGAGAUCUGAUUUCGUGGGGGAAUAUAUUGUGGACAAAAGGACCUCCCCAAGUCAGCAGGCCAUGGUCGCUAGCAUGACGUCCACGGGGAUGGCCAUGCUUGCCCGCGCCCGGCGCUCCGCUCCCCUUAAGACCGUCUCGGAGAAAGAGUAUGGGCAGGCGUUGCAGCUACUAAAGUCGGCUGUCACCGAUGAGAAAGAGGCGAGGGACAACUCUACUCUGGCCGCUGUUUUACUUUUGGCGUUCUUUGAGGUAGUCUCCAGUAGAGCUCCCCAAAAUCUCGACAAUUGGACGAACCAUAUUUCCGGGGCUGCAGCGCUCUUAGAGCUGAGGGGUGUAGAACAGCUCCAAAGGGCAGAGGGGUUGAAACUAUUCUUGCAAUUGAGAUUCCAAAUCAUCAUCAGUUGCUUACAACGAGAGGCUCGAGUCCCCCAGUCAGUCCUUGACUGCGCAAGGGUCGCCCAGUUCCUGCGACCAGAAACUGAGGCUUACAGCGAUGGAUUGAUCAGUAUAACUGGCCGACUGGCCAAUCUGCGAGCGGAUAUACGUGAAAAAGUCAUCACCGACCCUCAGGAAAUCCUGUCUACAAUGUACAGUAUUGAGGGCGAGUUGGUAGCAUGGCUUGCAGGUUUGCCGUCCCGUUUUCUGUAUACCAUUAUUGAAAGCCCGCGGCCUGCCCAGUCCAACUGGAGUCUCAGGGCGUACAACAACCGAUUCCAUGUGUACCAAGACUUAUGGCUCUGUCACGCGUGGAAUCAAUACCGCUGCGCCCGGAUCAUGAUUAGCGAAUCCAUCCUCACCUACACCCUUCGACUGAAUGCCAGCGCGACUCUCCCACCUGAACUGGCCAGUCAUCUCGCGCAGAUCCGCGACAAGGCCAAACAGUGGGCUCUAGAUAUCUGCGCCAGUGUGCCUUAUCACUUCAGUGCGGACCUCGUGACUGGCGAGGCUACUACGUUCCGGACGGUGUCUAUGGAAUUUGGCUUCAUCCGCGGCAUGCUCCUGCUGUGGCCUUUGUUCCUGGCCGGCGCCACUGAGCGGAAGGGCCAUUCGCUACGAAGGUGGGUGGUGGAUUGCUUGGGCCUCAUUGGCAAUAGCAUGGGCAUUGACCAAGCCCUGGCCUUGAUUGAUAUUUUGGAGCAUGAUCAGACGUUUGAUGUACUAGGACAGACCGACGACGAAAGGAUCCUCGAAAGGAUCACUACACUCUCGUGAGACGCUUCCGUGGAUAAACCCUUGAUCACUAUAUAAGACAGUUAGAUGCCAAACUCACCCUGCGUCGCAUUAGCGGAGGGAGCAUUGUCUGUACACAAUCGUGUUUGUACAUCUACAGUCCGCCCUGACGGCUGAUAUGAUCUCAUAUUUAGUGUAUAGUUACGGAUAUAAGGAUUCAGUC